CCAAAGCAAUCAUGUCUUUCGCCCGCGCCAUCACCAAUGUCAUGCGUCCACAGGCUUCUGCCUCGAGGGCCUUCUCAACCUCGUCGGCCCGACUCGACAUGUCGCGCAUCCAGCUCAUUGGGCGCCUCGUCGCGGACCCCGAGGUGCGCACGACGCGCGCAGGGAAGGACUACAUCCGCUACGCCGUCGCGACCACUGACCCGCUCGGCCCCCCGGCCGAGGACGGUGAGCGACCCCCGCCCACGACGAGCUUCCACAACAUCUUCGCCUUUGGCGAAGGCCCCGUGUCGCGCUUGACCAACAUCAAGAAGGGUACCCUCGUCUAUGUCGAGGCCGACUUCAAAGUGCAGCGCAACCCUACGGAGUCGGCUGAUGGCAUCGCAAGCACCAACAUUCUGGUCCAGCACCGCUCUAUGAAUGUCAUUUCCCGCCCCAAGACCCCCGAGGCCUGAGCUCGACCUGUUGCUCUUUCGUAAUUAAUAACAGUCCCCGUUGAUCACCGCUCAAAUGAACUUCCCGUUUUUGUCGAUUG